CGUUGAAUGACGUUUUCAAAUGUCAUCAAAUAUGUUUUCUGUCCUGAUACCAGCGGUCAAAAUUGUGUCAAAACGUUGUACUGGAAAUUUACUGAGAGCUAACAGAGUUUGUUUUGGGUUAUCCAUCAGCAUUUCUGACAGGAAAGACGAUGAUUUGUUAAUGAAUCCAGAGACUUUUAUUUUGAGGAAAGCUAGUCCAACUCCGUACAAUGUUUUUGUGGCUGAAAAUAUAAAAAGAGUUCAAAAGGAUCACUCUGAUAAAAUCAGAGAAAGAUUAUCAGAGGAGUACAAAUCACUUGCAAUCGGCGAACUUCUAAAGUAUGAGGAAAAAGCAGAAAAAUUUAAAAAAGACCAGGAGAGAUACAGAAAACUGGUAGAAGAUCUUCCACUGGAAGCUAAAGAUGAACUACUUUUAACUGUGCUAGAGAAAAUGGAGAAGAAAAUAAAAACAAAAACUUUGAAAGAGACAAAUAAACCCUCUCUUAAACAUUUUAAUGUUCUUAAUUUAGUCACCUUAACAGAGGGGGAUCUCCAAACCCUUUCUGGCAAAGUGAGAGAACAUGGAGGGCUCAGAAAAAUUACAAUCCGUCGAGAGAAAUGGAAGACUUUGACAGAAGAUGAGAAAGAAAGGCUGAAUCAAGAAGCUAAAAAAAUAAGAGAGCAGGAAAAAUUAUCAUACUUAAAAGAACUUUCAAAAUGGAUGGUGUCUUUGAUUGAAAAUAAAGAUAUCGAUGAAAUUUUUCCCAUUUUAGAAUUAAAGGAGAUGAAAAUGGUUCUUGAUCAUUUAGCUGAAAUUAAACCUACAAGAGCAAGAACCUCGAGGAAUCUUUUCUUGUCGUCAGAUUUGGGAAAAGAACUAGGGGUAACAGUUAAGAAUCAAUCAGAGUUAUACAACAAUCUAUCAAGGGAACAAAAAGGGGCAUUUGAAGAAAUGGCAAAAAAGGAAAAAGAAAGAGCUGAUAAAGAAAAACUGCAAUGGCAAAAUAUGCUGGAACAAAAGGGACUAACAAAGCUUAUUCAAGUUUGGAAGGAACUGUGUGUUAUGCAUGGAAAGAAGAGUAAUGUGUUUAGUUAACAGUUUUAAGUUGUUAAAGAGUUCCAUCAUUUACCAACAAGUUACCAUGGAUGGUGCAUAUAUUACAAAUAAAUGACAUGAUGGAAGGUAACUGUUGUAGACCUCCCCACUUGUGACAUUUUUCAAAAUUGAAUGAUGAAUCAUUUUCUAUCAUUCUAUAGAAACUUUUAAGUUGUAAUUCA